UGAAGCAUACCUUUUGUUCGGGACAUAUUUUACAUCUUACUGUGCAGAUUUUAUCGUCUCGUUUAAGCAUCGUCGCCGUACGAUUCCCAUGCAUAUGUGUAAGAAGAAAUACAAUAUUAGAUUUUUGCCUCACAUCGGCAACAUUGUCUGACCUGACGUGCUGACAGCGCAGAACGCGUGACGCCAUCUGCCAUAACCUGUGUAAUUAAUUUGUCAAUAGCAGUCUGAGGAUAAAGGUUUUGGAAAAUUUGUAAAUAAUUUCCUGAAAAACAUGUCAACGAACGAGCAGAAAGCUCAGCAACUCGUUGCUGAAGCUGAGAAGAAGGUGAACUCAAAAGGAUUCUUCGGGUCACUCUUUGGUGGCUCAAGUCGCAUUGAAGAUGCAGUUGAGUGUUAUCAGAGGGCUGCCAACCUGUUCAAAAUGGCCAAGAACUGGCAAGCAGCUGGCAGUGCCUUCUGUGAAGCUGCCAACUUGCAUUUGCGCAGUGGUGUCAGACAUGAUGCUGCUACCAAUUAUGUUGAUGCCGCCAACUGCUAUAAGAAGGCUGACAUUAAUGAGGCAGUAAAAUGUCUGUUGAAAGCCAUUGACAUAUACACAGACAUGGGUAGGUUCACAAUGGCAGCUAAGCAUCAUCAAACAAUCGCCGAAAUGUACGAAACCGAGGCUGUGGAUUACGAAAAAGCUGUCUCACACUAUGAACAAGCUGCUGACUUCUUCAGAGGCGAAGAAAGUAACUCAUCAGCUAACAAAUGCUUGCUGAAAGUAGCCCAAUAUGCUGCUCAACUCGAAAACUACGAAAAAGCAAUACAAAUAUACCAAGAAGUUGCCUCUUCAGCUUUAGAAAGUUCCCUUUUAAAGUAUAGCGCUAAGGAAUAUCUGUUUAGAGCUGCCCUGUGUCAUCUGUGUGUAGACGUUUUAAAUGCUCAGCACGCUUUGGAACGCUACGUCCAGAUGUAUCCAGCUUUUCAAGACUCUAGGGAAUACAAGCUGCUAAGAACCCUGAUAGAGCACAUAGAAGAACAGAACCUGGAUGGGUUCACAGACGCUGUUAAAGACUACGAUUCCAUUUCGCGUCUUGACCAAUGGUAUACGACAAUACUAUUACGUAUCAAGAAGCAGUUGAACGAGAGCCCUGAUCUCCGCUGAAAAUCAAUCCAAUACGGCGGAUUGUUUGUGUUGGUCACAUUGUUAAUAUAUACAUAAUAUACCUAUUUUAUUUAUAGCAUUGUUGAUUUUCCAUGGUUUAUUAUAUUAGUUUUAUGUUAUAGGAUUGUAUUAGGGUUAUGCAACAUAUAUCAUUUGUGACUCAAAUACCAGAUACAGGAUGUUACCGAAACAUUGGGCAAAAAUCCAAAGUCUAGCUUUGAUAAACUGGAGGUAAAAAAAAGUAGGGUAUUUUCUCUGCAAAAAUUACAUAUCAAGCUUCUUGAACUGUUCGAAAUGCAUACAUCCAUCUUCUCCUCAGAGGUAAGGCGAAAACCUCGCAUCCGUGGGAUAAACUAUCCGACUUUUCCGAUACUUCUCCAUUAUUACGUUUGUUUGCCGGAUGGUAUCGAGUUACAAAUGUGUUUAAAUCUUUCUUUAAACAAAUUACAAAAAGUAUUUACCUCUCCGAUGUUUUUACAUCUCUUCUGAACAAAAAAAGAUCUUAGUUACUUUUCUCUAAGGUUGACCGAUUUCGAGGUAUAAGCAAUUUAGUCUUAAACCCCUAAAAUAACCAUGUUCAUCGCUUGAAAACUUGGUUAAAAUUUUCUACAUAUAAUGAAGAUGGUCUACUUUAGAGAAAAUUCAUUAAAGGAUAACAUUCGGCGCGAAAAAAUAUUUUUUUUAUUUUUACAGAAAAAAGCUUAAACUUUUCACGGGAUUACACCGCCUGACUACCUCUUGAUUCAUACUAAGGGGUAUGCAACAAAAUGUAGAAAUAACAAAUUGAAUCAGAAAAUGUGAGGUUUUGCCUCCUCUAACUGGGAUCUAGUUAAAAAAAUCACGCAAAAUGAAAAGAAUGUCUUUUCCACUCGAAUCUGAAAAUGAUUUAAAAAGAAUUGUUGAUCUGGUGUUGUCAUGGCCCUUGCACAAUCCUGUUACACCCUAAACGUUUAUGUGGAAACAUUUAUUUAAUAUUAUGUGAUAUUUUAUUUAUAGGCACACUAAAGUCUUUUAUAACAAGAUUUAAAUUUGUGGUGGUGGUGAAUAAGCAACUUUAUAGAAGGUUAGUUUAAUUUUUACGUAUGUCCCGAAUACGUUUUCAUGUCACUUUAAUGACCACCAAUUUAUUGAAUUUCUAGCAAAGACAUGAGCGUUGAGGAUGUGUACCAUACAAAGGUGGAUCAAUGAUAAACAAGAACGUUGAAUUAUUGUAUUUCAAAAAAAUACCUUUUAUUUUUUUCUGGAUUCUUGUCUUUAUUUUUGAUCCACCCAUGUAAGCUUGUAACUGAAAAGGUUUAUUUUUCCUGUAAUAGACCUUCCAUUUUUAUAAUGAAAUGGUAGAUUUAGCUUAGCUGAAACUUAUCUUUGCCGGAAUAUUGUAACCAAUUAGAACAUCAUUGCACGAAUUUGUAUCAAAGCUUGAAAAACGAUUAUACUAAGAAUUUUACAAUUAAAUAUUAGAAGACGGUUUUUUCAUUGUUUACACCAAAAUAUAUUAUUUUAUUUCACAAUUAUUUGAUGCUACUCUGAGGCUAACAACAUUUUGAGAACAUUUUUGCAAUAUUAGAGAGUGUGGGUACAAAGUCUCUGGUUUGAUUAGGGGGGGCUUAAUUGCGGUUGCAAUGGGAGUUUUCGCAAAUAUGAAAUAUGACAUUUUGGACACAAAAAAUGGCACGAUUGGUGCUCAAAUUUAUCAAUGUAAACCUUUACUGUUAUACAUGACCUACAUAGUCUUAGCCUGCCAGAAUAACCACUAGCAUGCUGGAGGCUGGUCCAAGUUUUUUUAUCGAAUAUUGCCGUUUAAAAAAAGUAAUACUGGGUGGGAUGAGAUGCUUAAAUUAUUAGUGUUUUGAAACAAACUAAGUCGAAAAUAUUAUUUAUAGAAAUGGGAGCGGAUUAACUGAAUGCAAGCUAAUUUCUAAAAAAAAAAUACUGAAAAUGUCGAAAGCGAUAAAAAAUUUGACAUAAAUAUAAUAGGUCAUGACGUGGCCUAUUUGCAAUUUCUGUAAUAAACGAGAGACCGGAAACAUUCUCUAAACAACAUUGAUGCUCUGGAAUGUUGGUAGCCCUGAUAUAUGUAGAUUGUUGAAAAUACAUAUGUGUUCCGUGACAUAGUAACUGCCGAUUUUUUAAUUUGGAAAAUGUUUAUGGCGGUUUUCAUCCAUACAGAACGAUCGAUCAUUUUAUCUAACAGUAGCAGUAGGAUAAGUUCGAUUUUUUAUUAGCUAUAUAUAGAAACGUGUCUAUAGAAUUUGUGCUAUCUAUUGGGAAUAUAUCAUUGAUAGAUAUUUCUUUAAUGCAAGACUGUUCCUAGGAAUUUAAAUCUGUUUACUAUUGCAUAUAUUUCUCUUUUUUGUUGAACACUUAAAAACUUCAGUACGGUUUUCUGAAGGUACCGAUACACGACGUCAUUUGGUACCCGACUCUCAAAUUUGUGUAUCGAGUGUCUUGCUUUGCAGGAUACUUGGUACAUUAAAUACUAUUGAUCGCUUAAUGACGAAUGUUGUUGCACUAUGAUUUUUACGGUCUGAAUUGGCGCUUAAAUAUUUCCUGUAUGUUUUCUAUUGUGGAAUAGCAAGGUUUGUUCAAACAAAUCUCUUAUACGAAGGCGGCUCAGUAAGUACCCGAGUUGGAUUUGGCGAGCUCUCCAAAAUACACCUGUCUCGGCGACGACUUCCUCGUUUGAACUAAUUUUUUUCCGCGAGCCAUUUCUUCAUGUAAAGAAACAAGAAAAGGUCGCAAGGGCCAGAUCGGGUGAAUACGGGACGCGCGCAAUUCUUUCAGUUUGGCGGCGACAACUCCGGAUGAAUGUGCUGGUGCAUUAUCGUGGUGAAACAGUACCUUUUUCAUCAAAUGUAGCCGUGUCUCCUUCAAUUUUUAUCGAAGCGGCCCAAUGACGCGUAGUAUCGUCCAGUGAUCGUCUUCCUUUUUCUAAAAAAUCCAUGAGGAUGACACCGUUCGCAUCGCAAAAAAAUCAUCGCCAUGACCUUUCUGGCCGAUUGGACCGUCUCCGCCUUUUUUGGAGCAGAUUUCAUUGUUUUGAUCGUUGCUUAGUUUCGGAUGUGUAAUAAUGAAUCCAGGUUUCGUCGACGGUAACAACUCGACGCAAAAACUCAAUCGGAUUUCGCUUAAAUUGCUCCAGACACUGCUUCGUGAGCAAUCGUGGCACCCAUCGGGUCGACAAUUUUUUCAUCUCCAACCUAUCAUGUAAAAUAUUCAUUGCCGAUCCGGUCGACACACCUUCGGCCUCUGCUACUUCGCGCAAUUUCGUUCGUCGAUAAGCGAAAAUCAUAUCGUGGACUUUUUGAAUGAUUUCCUCGGUAACCACGUCUGCCGGGCCUCCUGGUCGCUCGUCAUCAAAAACUUAUGUUUGUCCACGUUUAAAUUUGUUGAACCAAUAUCUAACUGUGGUCAAACUGCUGUUUUUUCAUCUUAGCAAUAAUCAGUCUGAAAUUUGUUGUGCCGGCGUUUGAUAGAUGGCAGCACACGAUGAUAACACCAACUUCCCUCAGGAAUGCCAUCUGUCGUUAAAAUGGGUAUUUACUGACUAAGCCUCGUAUUGCCGACCUUUCUGCUAGGGACAGAUCGUUUUUGCAUGAUUUCAUCAAUAUAACCUUAAGGUAUUCUAAAAUAGAACAGCUUAUAGAACACAUAUUUUAUUAUGUACUUAUAAUCAGCCUGAAAAUGUUUCUUAAUUAUUUAAGAAUAACAUUACAAAUAACAUAUUGAUAUUAGCAAACCGCAAUACAUUCAAUUUAUAAAAUGUUAUAUAUUAGGCAUUCAAGAAUGUAACACUGAAUCAUACUUUCUCAUUGCUGUAUAUAUAUAUUUCAUUAAGUGACAUAAUAGAUAUGUGCAAUUUCAAAGUAGUUUUUUAUAUAACACAUAAUCCCUUUGUGAUUUGAACUACAG